CGUGUGGAGGCUAGAACAGCAGGGAAAGGACGCGCCCCGUCACACACACACACACACACACACACACACACACACACACACACACACACACACACACACUUCGUGCUUUGUCAGGAAUGUUCAUGUGUGUGUUGUAUUGAUAACACGGGUGUGUGUGUGUGUGACAUGUGAGAGCGCCGAUAUGUAGUAGUAGAGAAUGGAAACGCGGUGAGGAGCAGGAGAUUAUCAUGGCAGACCCAGAGGCAUCAAACCAGAGCGGGGGCUAUGAUGUGGAGCAGUUUGUGGACACUCCAGACUACGAUCUGAUCUGCACCAUAUGCCAGGGGGUCCUCAAGUGUCCAGUAAGAGCUGCAUGCCACCACAUCUUCUGCAAGAAAUGCAUCUUACAGUGGCUGAAGAGGCAGGAGACCUGCCCCUGCUGUAGGAAGCCUGUUAACCCGAGCUUGAUCUUUGUCAUGUUCAAGCUGAGCAAAUCUAUCGGACGCAUGAAGGUCAAGUGUAAAAAUGAGAUCCGUGGUUGCUCAGAGACCUUCUCCCUCUCGGAGCAGUAUUGCCACAGCAUGACCUGCAUGUACGAGCUCAUCCCAUGUCCGUACCAGGGCUGCCGGGUGCAGCUCCUCCGCAGAGACCUGGACACCCACGCACGGCACUGCGAACACUGGCGUCAACCCUGUCACAUGGGCUGCGGGACGAUACUCUCCCACCGCACACAGGCUAAACACAACUGCUACAAGCAGCUGAGGCAGGAGUAUGAAGCCAGACAUAGGAACCACAGGGCCAUCGCCACCGCCCUGCAGAGGAAGAUGAGGAGGAUGCAAAGCACUAUGGCCCACAUGAAGAGGCAGAUAGGGCUGAUCUGUGAGAGCCUGGAGGUGAUGGACGAUCUGCAUGAGGUGGAAGAAGAGGAGGAACUUGGAGAGAGUAGUGCGAGCGGGACUCCAAGUAGCAGCAGCAGCAGCAACGGCUGAGGGACGAGUCAGUUACUGCUGCUGAUUAAACUACUGCUGUGUAUAGUUUCUGCAUGUGUUCAUUUCUUUGAAGGUGUGUGUUUUUGAAUACGUAGGCAGUGAUGAAGUGAAUUUGUAACAUUUCCUGUGCUGUAAUUUCAGCAAUUUUGUAAAUAAAUGAUUUAACUUCA